AUGUCUUCCGAAUUCAUUAUUCAAUUUGAAGUUGAAUAUUCAAAAGGCCCGUUGUAUGAACGCUUGCUCUGCUGCUGCUGCGCGAGCUCGCAUAUCCGCGCGCGACUCCUCAAGUCACAGCCCCUGUUCACCACCUGCGCCACAUCCGAACUCCAGCUCACUAGACGGGAAUCCUGGUUGGUAUACCAUCAUACGCAAUUAAUUGUUCAAGCAGGAAAAAUGGUCAGCACCAACAAACGGUAUUCUGUCUCCUUCCAAUACGUGAUCCAACUGAGACGCGUCUUAAUCCUACAUGUCCACUCUAGAGCUCAAAAAUUGCAGAUUAUCUCGUUGGUUAUCUCGUUAUUUCCUUCAAUUCUUGGGCCCAGUAUACGAAGUACUGAUGGUGGGACUGCUGUCGCACAGGAUAAACGUGUACUAGUAAUCACUCAGGAUGGAAGGAUUAUCACGGGUGAACUGAAAGGUUUCGAUCAAACGACAAAUAUCAUAUUGUCAGAUUCCGUAGAGCGGGUUUAUUCUUCUGAUGAGCCGAUGGAAGAGGUACCCUUAGGUCUAUACAUUGUUAGAGGAGAUCACAUCUCGGUAAUCGGAGAACUGGAUGUCGAAGCGGACGCGAAAAUUGAUUGGUCCUCAAUACGUGCAGAGCCUUUAGAUGAAAUACGACAUUAG